AUGGACCCGGAGAACGCUGCAUUUGGCGAAACCAACGAGUAUAAGAAGACAGCAUGGCUUCGAUGGGCAUUCCCAGACGCAAGCUUGCCCAAGGACCUUCAGAAAGCACUUGACAGACUGAGUCUGGACAUCAUGUCGCGCUCAGGCCUUGCGUUCUUGUCGUCUCUUUUGGCGUUGACAACUGCCCAGAUACCUUCGCCCUCUGAAAGUGGCUGGAGCACUACGCUCGCUGGCACACCGACGUCCUUCCGAUCAGUCUUUACCCUUCCUCCGUUGGUGGACGAAGGUGUCCAACAGAUUCCCAACAUCUACGACCCCGAAGCCGUCAAUGCUCAAGAAGUUUGCCCAGGCUACAAGGCAUUCGACCUCAAGAAGAGUGACCGUGGUCUUAGUGCUACAUUGACCCUAGCUGGAAAGGCCUGCAAUGCCUACGGUACUGACAUCGAGGAGCUUGACUUAAAGGUUGAAUACCAGGCAAAGGGAAGAUUGACCGUCAGCAUUGUGCCAAAAUACCUUGGUGCAAAGAAUCAAUCCCAGUGGAUGGUCCCCGAAGACCUUAUUCCGCGACCGCAAGCCGAGGAUUCUUACAAAGACACGGACCUGAAGUUCGACUGGGGAAACGAGCCAUCGUUUUGGUUCAAUGUUGGCCGUCACUCCACUGGAGAUGUUAUCUUCACUACCGAGGGUUCCAAGCUCAUCUAUGAGAAUCAAUUCAUUGAGUUUGUCAACAGUCUGCCAGAAGACUAUAACCUCUACGGCCUUGGCGAACGUAUCCACGGCCUCCGUCUGAACAACAACUUCACGGCCACCAUCUAUGCUGCGGAUGUUGGUGAUCCAAUCGACCGCAACCUGUACGGCAGUCAUCCGUUCUACUUGGAGACACGCUACUUCGAGAAAGGCAGCAAUGCCAGCAAUGUACCCCUGAAGCAAUCUAAAAUCCAACAGCCAAGCGUCGGAAGCAAUGAUAAGCCCACAGGUUCCGCUUACGAGUCACGUUCCCAUGGUCUCUACUACCGAAAUACCCAUGGUAUGGAAGUUGUCCUAAAGCCUGACCAUUUGUCAUGGAGGACCCUAGGGGGUGCCAUCGAUCUGUUCUUCUACGACGGACCCUCGCAGCCAGAUGUGACCAAAGAAUACCAGAGGUCGGCAGUCGGUCUGCCUGCCAUGCAGCAGUACUGGACUUUCGGUUACCAUCAGUGCCGAUGGGGAUACCGCAACUGGACUGAAUUGAGAGAGAUCGUUGAGACUUUGAGAGCUUUCGAAAUUCCGAUGGAGACCAUUUGGCUCGACAUCGACUACAUGGAUCAGUACAGAGACUUCACCGUUGAUCCUGUGUCCUUUCCUGCAUCUGAGGUCGCAGACUUCUUUGGGUGGCUCCACGGCAACAACCAGCACUUUGUUCCUAUUGUCGAUUCGGCCAUCUAUAUACCCAACCCUCAGAAUGCCAGCGACGCGUACGAUACCUACACCCGUGGCAAUAACUCAGGCGUUUUUCUUAAUAACCCUGAUGGGAGCCAUUACAUUGGUGCUGUCUGGCCCGGCUACACCGUGUUCCCCGAUUGGAUGUCUUCUAACGGUGCCUCGUGGUGGAUCAAAGAAAUGGCCGAAUGGUACAAGGAGGUGCCAUUCAGUGGCUUCUGGCUUGAUAUGAGUGAGGUAUCCUCGUUCUGUGUCGGCUCGUGCGGCACAGGUAGCGUCACCCUCAACCCAGUUCACCCGCCAUUCUCGCUUCCGGGUGAGAUAGGCAACAUCAUCUACGAUUACCCUGAAGGGUUCAACAUCACCAACUCGACCGAAGCUGCUUCCGCUUUAGCUGCUGCCUCGAGCCAGGCCUUAUCUACCAAGACAACCACGGCAAUGGCAGUGUCGUCCACCCCCACCCCCACGGUCUCCACUACCAGCUAUUUUCGCUCUACGCCUACACCCGGUGUACGAGACAUCAACUACCCUCCCUACGUCAUAAACCAUGUACAAGACGGCGCUGACUUAGCUGUCCAUGCUGUCAGCCCUAAUGCGACUCAUGCCAAUGGCAUGGAAGAGUACGAUGUUCACAACCUCUUUGGACACCAGAUCAUCAACGCUACCUAUCAAGGUCUCCUUUCUGUUUUCCCUGGAAAGCGUCCGUUCAUCAUCGGACGUUCCACAUUUGCUGGUAGUGGCAAGUGGGCAGGUCACUGGGGUGGUGACAACGCCUCCAAGUGGGCCUACAUGUUCUUCUCCAUUCCUCAGGCUUUAUCUUUCUCCCUGUUUGGUAUUCCCAUGUUCGGAGUAGACACCUGCGGCUUCAACGGGAACACUGAUAUGGAGCUUUGCGCCCGCUGGAUGCAGCUAUCAGCCUUCUUCCCCUUCUAUCGCAACCACAACGUGCUGUCCGCUAUCCCACAGGAGCCAUACCGUUGGGAGGCUGUAGCUUCAGCAUCGAGGACUGCGAUGCAUAUCCGCUACACUCUGCUUCCUUACAUGUACACCCUCUUCAACGAUGCUCACAAGACGGGAUCCACGGUUAUGCGAGCGUUGGCAUGGGAGUUCCCCAACGAGCCUCAGCUUGCUGGUGUUGACACACAAUUUUUGCUGGGUCCCAACAUCUUAGUCAUACCUGUUCUCGAGCCACAGGCCGACACCGUCAAAGGUGUUUUCCCGGGUAUCGUAGAUGGAGAGACAUGGUUCGAUUGGUACUCUGGUGAGCGCGUUCAGGCCGCAGCCGGCGUCAACACUACCAUAUCAGCGCCUUUGGGCCAUAUUCCUGUCUAUAUCCGCGGCGGGUCGGUACUACCAACUCAAGAGCCUGGAUACACUACUGCAGAAUCACGUCAAAAUCCUUGGGGUCUCAUCGUCGCACUUUCCAGCACAGGAACUGCAUCUGGUAGCCUGUACAUUGAUGAUGGCGAGUCUCUUGAGCCAGAGUCCUGCCUGGAUAUCACAUUUAACGUCGUGGACGGAAAGAUGAAGGUUGAUGUUCAAGGCGAAUACAAGGACAAAAACGCGCUUGCCAACAUCACGAUCUUAGGCGCUCCAGCUGCUCAGCAAGUCAAGCUCAACGGUGCGAUCAUUGAUGCGGCAAACAUGAACUACAACCAGACUAGCAGAGUAUUGAAGCUUAUGGGUCUGGAAGAUAUGACAUGUGAGGGAGCUUGGGAGAAUGGCUGGACCCUGACCUGGGAAUAAGUCGUGUUGUUUCCGUGUCGGGUGAACCAUGGUUGGGCGAUGAACGCUAUUUCUACGGCAUCCAAUGACAGGAAGAUAAUAAUUUGAUUAGUGAGCUAAAUCUAUUUAUACUCAAAAUUUUAUUGUCAAAUUUUAAGUGAA